AUGCUCACGCAAGCACCUGACGAAUAUUUGUUACUGUUUAAGCCCAAUCUAUCGAAACUCAAUGACAACGCGCUUUUCCCUACAAGAGGAUUCCUGAGAAGCGAUGGCUCUCUGCUUCUCGUCGAGCACAUCUCUACCUGCCUAGGCGCUGAGCUUGCUCCGACCAAUGCCUGCCAAAGCGCACUGGACUUUCUGGUACCGCACAACCACACAGCAGGCGACAAGGCCGCAAAGACUCUACUUGUAGAUUCAGUCAAACGGCAACUGAAAUACGGCGGCUUGCUACUGUUGAACGAUACGCGUCAACAAAACGCGCCGGUUGAGAAAGCGAUCGAGCAACUCAAGUGCCCCGCUCGAGACAGUCAUACUGGACAAGCAUAUGACUUCAGCAUUGGCGAAGCAGUGCUCGACGCCAAAGGAAAUCGAGUCUGCUUCCACAAGACAGGCGACUUUAUCAAACAGACAGCGUCGUACUUGCGGCAGAAUCAAUGGGGCAAAAGCCUGAUGGUGCGCAGCUCAUCACUGCGACGGACAGAGGGUCAUGGAAGACCCGCCACCCACACUGGACAAGCAUACAGCAUUGGCGAGGCAAUGCCCGACGCCAAAGGGAAUCGAGUCUGCUUCCACGAGAAUUCUCUGGAACAGAAAGCGAUCGAGCAUCCAAAGUGCCUCGCUCGAGACAGUCAUACCGGACAGGCAUAUGACUUCGGCAUCGACGAGGCAAUGCAACGACAAGACAAGCGACUUCACAAACAGGCAGCGUUAUCCUUGCGAUAG